UUUUUGGUUAUAAACCAGUCAAAUAAUUCAAAUAAAUCGCAAAUAAGUUAUAAUUGAAAGGCAACAAAUUCUUUGCUUCGUAGACUGCAACCAAGAUAGCGUAUCUGUACCUCUCCAACAUCAAAAGAACCACCAACACUGUCUUUGUUUCUAUAUAAUGCAGUGGUAAGGUUGUAGAUGUGGCACAAUGCCAAGUAAUUUAGGAAAGGUUAGUUUUGUUAAUGACCUCCAAGUGAAAUCCUUCAUUGCAUUCGUCUUUGCAUUAGUAAUAAUAUUAAAUAUUAUAUUUUCUUUUUAGAUUCCAAAAGUGUUUGUAUGGUUACACAACAUCCCCAUCAAAAAAUGACAAGAAAUUCAUCACAAGUCCUUCCUUUAACGUAAAAGUAACCCAUUGUAUUUUUGAUAUGGAUGGAUUAAUGUUCGAUACCGAAACGAUUUAUGAACAAGUUUACAAAAAAAUAGCCAACCAAUACGGCAAACAAUUCACGGAAGAAUUAAAAGUUAAGAUAAUGGGACGGCCGGAACUUGAUGGCGCAAACGUUUAUGUCAAAGAAUUGGGGAUUCCUUUAUCUGGUGAACAGUUCUUAAAGGUGUUUAAGCCAAUGGCUAGGUCUCACUUUCAAAAUCCUAGGAUAAUGCCUGGGGUAGAAAAAUUAGUGAGACAUUUAGCCAAACAUAGCAUUCCAUUGGGAGUUGCAACAUCAAGCCACAAAGACGACGAAGCGAUUAAAACGCAAAACCAUCGCGAUUUUUACAGGUUAUUUCAUCACACGGUGUGCGGUUCAAGCGAUCACGAAGUAAAACAUGGAAAACCCGCACCCGACAUUUAUUUAAUUUGUGCUGCUCGAUUUCCCGAUAAACCAAAACCAGAAAAUGUCCUUGUUUUUGAAGAUGCACCAAAUGGAGUUGCGGGAGCUAUUGCAGCGGGAAUGUCUUGUGUGAUGGUACCGGAUCCAACUAUUUUUAAACAUUUACCAAAACUUCUUACAGCUCAACCCACCUUAAUAUUAUCUUCCAUGACAAAGUUUAAACCCGAAUUGUUUAAUUUACCAAAAUUUGAUUGAUUUAACAUUAUUAUUAUUUAAUGUAACUUUUUAUUUUUUUGUUUAUAUAUAAUCUAUAAACGAU